UGAAAGUGUGGUUUGUAGCCCUCGGGCUCGCUGUCCUGCAAUCCCAAGGCGAUGGUCGUCUGCUACGAUUUAAACGAGAAUAUCCGGUGUCGCCUGUUCCUGGUCCAAACCAGUCCGCACCAGUUACCGACACCCAGAUACCAACCUUGAACGAAGAUGGUUGUGCGCGAGUUCUGCCCACCUACGCACACGAAAUUAAGAUGGUACCAUCUGCGUUGUACAUUCUACCGCCAUUCGGCGAAUCUUUACCACAUGGGUAUCGCGACUGGACGCAUUUCCAUGAACAAUUUUACAACAGCCGACCUAUGUAUUUAGAAAACUGGAUGAAGACGAAAGAAUGGAACGACAAGCCGGAAUGUGGGGCAAGUUCCUCGACAGAAGCGUUUACGGAUACAGCAUCAACACACAAAUCGACAACAUCUGCAAUGAGUUCAUCCACGACGGCUAUGUCAUCUACCACAUCAGACAUAAGCCAAUCUUCAACGGACAAACCAUCUACAACAAUAGUGAUUAACUCCUCUACAACGGACAAACCAUCUACAACAACAGGGAUUAACUCCUCUACAACGGACAAACCAUCUACAACAAUAGUGAUUAACUCCUCUACAACGGACAAACCAUCUACAACAACAGUGAUUAACUCCUCUACAACGGACAAACCAUCUACAACAACAUGGAUUAACUCCUCUACAACGGACAAACCAUCUACAACAACAGCGAUUAACUCCUCUACAACGGACAAACCAUCUACAACAACAGGGUUUAACUCGUCUUCAACAGACAUGACUACACCAACAAGCAAACCAACAUUAAGCAAUUAUUCUACUACAACAAGCGGACCGUCUUCAACAUUAAGUACCAGCACUUAUACAACAACUCAAACAUCUACACCAUUAAGCACCAGCCUAACAACAACAAGCAAACCAACAACGGUAACCACCAGCACUACUACAACAACAAAUCCAACAACAACAAUAUCCAAUAGCACUACUACAACAACCAAACCAACAACAAAUCCAACAACAACAAUAUCCAAUAGCACUACUACAACAACCAAACCAACAACAACAGUAACCUCCAGCACCACUACAACAACCAAACCAACAACAACCAUAACCAACAGCACUACUUUAACAACCACACCACCAACAACAGUAACCAAUAGCACUUCUACAACAACCAAACCGACAUCACCAGUUACCACUAGCACUUCUUCAACAACCAAACCAACUACAACCAUAACCAACAGCACCACUACAACAACCACAUCACCAACAACACCAGCUACCACUAGCACAACUACAACAACCAAACCAACCACACCAGUAACCACUAGCACUACAACAACAACCAAACCAACAACAACAGUAACCACCAGCACCACUUCAACAACUAAACCAACAACAACAGUAACCAACAGCACUACUACAACAACCACACCACCAACAACAGUAACCAAUAACACUUCUACAACAACCAAACCAACAUCACCAGUUACAACUAGCACUUCUGCAACAACCAAAUCACCUACAACCAUAACUAACAGCACCACUACAACAACCACACCACCAACAACACCAGUUACCACUAGCACUACUACAACAACCAAACCAACCACACCAGUAACCACUAGCACUUCUACAACAACCAAACCAACAACAACAGUAACCACCAGCACCACUACAUCAACCAAACCACCAACACCAGUACCGAACAGCACUACUACAACAACCAAACCAACAACACCAGUAACCAACAACACUACUACAACAAUAAAACCAACAACACCAGUAACCAACAAUACUACUACAACAAGAAAACCAACAACAACAGUAACCAACAGCACUACCACAGCAACCAAACUAACAACAACAGUUACAACCAGCAUCACAACAAGCAAACCAGUUUCGCCAUAUGUGUCAAGCUAUGCUUCGUCAGCUACAACGGACAGAUCUCCCUCUUCUACUGGUAGUUUAUUGACAAAAGAGACAACUUUGUCACCCAGUUCUAUAACCGCUACAGAGCAACUUUCGACAGGAGAAGACGACAGUAAGACUGCAAUCAUAGCAGGCGGCGCGGCUGCCGGGGCGGUUGUCGCCAUAGGCAUAGGGAUCGCCAUUGCUAUGAAAAUCAAAGCAGCGCUCGGAGCUACUGCCAGCGUUGGUGCUGUUCCGGGAGCCCCUAGCUAUACGGCGCCCUCGCUGCCGGGACAGGCCAGCUACAGUCCCCCUCAGACCUCAAACCCAGGUCAAGGUCAAUGUCAGGGGACGCAGAACCAUGGAAACGAUGGACCGGCGAAGUCAAAGGCCAAACUGCCGGAUUCUUCCCAGCGUCCAAUUCAGUUAAAACCGUUGCAAAAUGCGCCACAGCCGAAUCUUGGAAACAACGGUCUCUGGUUGGGUAACGAGCCUCCCCUUCCGCCCAUUAAUGGCGGCGACGUCCCGGGAAUAGCGCAAUACGCAGCUGCACAGGUACCGGGACCUGCUGUUUAUUAAAGUGGGAAAAUGGCAAAAAAUAUCAUGCAUGAAUUUUAUGUUAUUGACUUUUAAAUUUAAAUGCAUGCUAUAAUCGUGAUAAGAUGUUUUCAUAAUCAUAGAUUUGUUUGUUUAAUCUCAUGUCAAUUACAAUGUGAAUAUAUCUAUGUUCGUACACUGAAACAAUAUUUUGAUCGCAUAAACGUUUUUCUCUGUAGACUUUGCUUUUAUGUGCCAUUACGUGUGACCUUGUGUUGUUUUGUCAAAACACAGCUCUCACCGGUACAUUAUAGUUUAAAAUUUAGGGACACUAUUUUGUUAUUCAAUACAAUAUGUCAUAUAGUUUAUUUCUUUAUAUUGUGACUGAACUAUGUUACGAAUAAUGUUUUUUGUAUUUAUUUGU